AUGAGUAAAUUAGCAAAGAAAAUUGGUAUUGCUAUGCUUGGACCUCCAUUAGCGGCUGGCGAACUUGAACGUCCAUUAGUUGGUCAAUCGGAAGCAAUUAUUUUAGAUCUUUGUAUGCGUGGUAAUCGUUUACCACAUUUAAUGUGUUGUGUAUCUAUUGAUGAAAUUGAUUCAUUGGCACCAAAACGUGAUGAAGAUUCAUCAGAAGGAAAAGUUGCAAAAAUUAGUGUUCUUCUUUCAGUUAUUGAAGGAAUUAAAGAUGUAUCAAAUUUAAUGUUUUUCUCAGCUACAAAUCGAUUACAUAUGAUGGAUGAAGCAUUUUUAAGACGAAUGUCAGGCAAAUUUUUUGUUGGUCGACCUUCGGCUGAUGCACGAAAACGAAUCUUAGAUGGUAUACCAAAAACAAUUUUACAACCACAUAUUAUAAAAAAAUUAGCUACAGCUACAACAAAUUUCAGUGGUGCUGCAUUGAAAUCAUUAACAAGUGCAAUUACUGUUCAUUAUAUUGCUGAAAAACGUAGAGAAGAAAAUUAUGAAAUGACAGAAGAAGAAACUUUAAUUUUAGCAGAUCGAACAGCUCGUCAAUAUCAAUUAUAUCUUGGUCUUGAUACACUACCACGAUUACUUUUACAAAAUCUUGAUGACCAACGACAAUUAUCAAAGAUGAAUACUGAAAAUCAACAGAAUCCUUCUGUAAAUCCCACUAUAGUUACUACUCAGCCAUGUUUACCCCCAAGACCCACAUUCUCAACUAUUCUGGAAACAAAGACUGUUGGAGAACAAGUAUCACCGGGAAACAACAUUUCUGUCACUCCUUCUGCACGAUUUCAUUUAACAGAUCAAUAUCGAUUUACAGGAAAAAUAAUAAUUAGUUUUCAAGAUAGAUGUGUUCGAAUGGAAAUGAUACAAACAAAUAAUAAACGACAUGUAAUUGAAGAUAAAUUAAUUGAAACUGAACAAAGUCUUCAACAAUUACUUGAACGUAUAACAUCAUAUGGAAAUGAUCGUAAUGUACAAUUAUUACAAUUAAUUGAUUUAAAUUUACUCUCAUCAAAAGGUGCUCAUGAAGAAAAAAAAAUUUUUGAAACAUUAAAAGAACGUUAUGAUGAAUGUAUGGAAUAUAAACGUUCAAUGAUUAUUUAUGAUCUUGAUUCAUUAAUUGGUGUAAAUAAAUCUGAAUCAGAAUCAUCAAUGGGUACAUCAGUAAGUUCAUCUGUAGUUAACCAAAGUAUUUAUAUUUAUGUUACAAGUCGAUUUCGUGAAGCUAAAGUUGAAGCACCUCGAACGGAUCAAAAAUUAACUAUCGAACGAUGGGCUAUAGCAGUUAUACGUGAUCCAUUUUUAUUAAAAAAAUUUACAGCUGAUGUUGAUUUUACGUUAACUGAUGAACAAUUGAACGAAGAAAAAGAAGAACAACGACGAGCUACAGAUAUUCUUCUAUGUGCAAAAUGUAAAGAUCAUUAUAUUGAAAUUGAAAAUAAAAUGGGUGCAUGUAAUUAUCAUGAUGGAUUUGUUUAUGAUAAUUUAACAUUAGAUUUAAUUAAACAUAAAACAAGUGAAGUUAUUGAAAUUUUAAAUCGAGAAGAAUAUAUCGCUUUUAAUGAACCAAAACGAAAAGAUGAAAUGGAUCGACAAAAAGGACGAUUUAAAUAUAUUUGUUGUCAUGGAACAGUACAAAUUGGUGGAGGAUUUAAUGGUUGUAAAAAAGGUAAACAUGGUUUUGGAAAAAUGAAGAAAAUAAAUCAACGAGUGGAUUCAAUGGAAAAAGAUGUGAUCAAUAUGUGGGAAAUGGCAUGUUUUGAUAAUACUGAAUAUAAUCGACGAUUGACGAAUUUAAUAGAAACACGAAAAAAACCUCAACCUACAUAG